GUAAACAUCUACCAUAUUACACGGCGCAACAAUCCAGAAGACAGAAAUCUUUAUAGAAAAACAAUUCUGCUACCACUGCGCACCAGGGAACGCAGAGAAAGCCAGAGACUAAUAAUCACGGAAAUCAAGUCGAUUUCGACGGUAACGAAAUAUAUAACACUGUGGAGAGUCUGCGGCCCAAUAUCCGAUACUAGUUGUUUUAUUAUCUGUGGAUACUAGUAAUGACUUGUAUUGGGCAGCCUGUUGGAGAUAGUAAUUAUGGCUGCCGUUUUGGAUGAGGUAGGAAAAUCUGAAGAAAAAUUGGUGGACGAUGGAAAUAUCGAUGAAAUUGACGAUAUAGAAGGUGAAGAUGGAGCAACAGAAGCUUCAAAGAAAAAGAAAAGGAAGAAGAAAAAGAAGAAGGCUGGCGCUGGUGAAGCAACCGCUGAUGUACCAGGUGGGGGAGAAAUUGAAAACGUGAUUGAAGAAAUUGGCGACAAAUUAGGAAAUGCAAAAAUUAAUGGAGCAGAGAACGAACUAGAUGAGUUAGGUGAUGAUGCAAAAAAGAAGAGAAAAAAGCGUAAAAGUCGAGGAAAAGGCCAGAAAAUCCAGACAGACCCUCCUUCCAUUCCUAUUGCAGAACUCUUUCCAGAUGGUGUGUUCCCUAUAGGAGAGGAAAUGGAAUAUCCUUUAGUUGGGGACUCUCGUACUGCUAAAGACCGAUUUACAAGUGAAGAGAAACGUGCACUUGACCGACUUCAUAAUGAUAUUUACAAUGAAGUACGUCAUGCAGCAGAAGUUCAUAGACAGACUCGGCAGCACAUCCAGAAGUGGGUUAAACCGGGGAUGACAAUGAUUGAAAUCUGUGAAGAACUUGAGUCAGUAGCGCGCAAGUUGAUCCAGGAAGAUGGGCUGAAAGCUGGAUUGGCAUUCCCAACAGGCUGCUCUCGCAAUCAUUGUGCUGCCCAUUACACUCCAAAUGCAGGUGACACGACUGUUCUGCAGUAUGACGAUGUUACCAAGAUUGAUUUUGGAACUCAUAUCAAUGGUCGUAUUAUUGAUUGUGCAUUCACUUUGGCAUUUGAUCAUAAGUAUGAUAAGCUAAUUGAAGCUGUACGUGAUGCUACAAAUACUGGAAUUAAGGCUGCUGGUAUUGAUGUUCAGCUGUGUGAUAUAGGUGCAGCAAUCCAAGAGGUAAUGGAGUCAUAUGAGGUGGAGCUGGAUGGUAAGGUAUAUCAAGUCAAGUCCAUUAGGAACCUGAAUGGUCACUCCAUCUCACCUUAUCGUAUCCAUGCUGGUAAGACUGUGCCAAUAGUGAAAGGUGGGGAAGCAACAGUCAUGGAGGAAAAUGAGUACUAUGCGAUUGAAACAUUUGGCUCAACAGGGCGUGGCCAAGUUCAUGAUGAUAUGGAAGUAUCACAUUAUAUGAAGAAUUUUGAAGUUGGUUAUGUACCAUUGAGAUUGCUGUCAUCAAAGUCUCUGUUGAAUGUGAUCAACAAGCAUUUUGGUACAUUGGCUUUCUGUCGCCGUUGGCUGGAUCGUGUUGGUUGCACCAAAUACCAGAUGGCUCUUAAGGAUCUAUGUGAUAAGGGUGUUGUUGAUCCCUAUCCUCCAUUGUGUGAUGUGAAAGGAAGUUACACUGCACAAUUUGAACAUACCAUUCUUUUGAGACCAACUUGUAAAGAGGUUGUUAGUCGUGGAGAAGAUUACUGAAAUAUGUUUGUUCUUGUUCUCAUGAAGUUAGAUUUAGAAUUAGUCUUCUCUACUAUUUGUGGUAUGUUUUUUUUUUUCUGAAUAUGAAAGGUUGACAAAAAUUCCUUGAACAGCUUACAUUUUAUUGCAUUGCAUUUUGGUUAUUAAUUAUGUCUUUAAUAUGUUCAAGGUUUUUUGGCCCUCUCUGGAUGUUUAAGACUGGUCUAAAAUUGGUUUAUUAUGUUACUAUUGAGUAUGUCUUAGGAAUAAAAUACAGUACGAAUUGGAAGUAUGAUAUGAUAUCAGGGUUACAUAUGUACUACAGGCCUUGUUAAAAUUUGUAUUAGACUUCUGUUGUCUACUUAAUGGAAUAUGUAUUUCAUUUUGCCCAGUGCAGCAUUUUGUAGGAAAUUGAUCAUAUUUAUUGGUGGUCAACAGUAACACAUGAAACCUGAAAAUUGGAGCAAGAGAAUUUAGCUGUAUACACUUUUUCAAGUUUUUUAAGAUAUUUAUUGCAGAAAUACACACUUGCCAAGAUAUAAUUUUAUCGCUGGUUUGUUUCAUAAAAUAUUUAUGAACUUUGUGCUGCAAUACUGUGUAAAAUCCAUAGUGCAUGUGUAAAGAGGGAUUAGUUAUGAUCUAAAAUUGACACUUCUUAUGAUCAAUAUUGUUACCAUUUUUGUAUAGACACUGGUUGGAACUAUUGAAGUUUGCAUCUUCAUUCAGUUUUACUAGUAACAUUUCUUAUGAAGUUUGAUCCACAAAAUUUAUGAGAAAGUUAAACCACUGUGUCAUACAUGACAUUUAAUCUUGUCCAGUUCACUAAUCAAGUUUACUAAUUAAUCUGUAUAAUCAAGUGUCAGAUAUUUGUAAUUUAUGCCAUGGGAGAGAGCAGCUUAAGCCUAUAUCUAUUAGUUCUGAGAUUUUGAUUAAUCAAAUUGUUGGUCUUUUAUUUUCAUUUCACAAUUAUGACAGAAUUGUGAAAUUUUUCAUCAUUAUUUCAUCUUCCCACUACUUAUCUACCAGAGGUAGUUAACAUUUCUUGUGGUAGAUAGAAGGUGGGAGACUUAAAGAAUUUGUGUGCUUAAUUUUCUAUUGAGAAAAGCUUAAUGAAUAUUGUAUGUGGGCAUACCUUCUCUCCCAGUACUGAAGAAAAUUAUUGCAGGAAAAUUGAUCUUCAACACACAAAGAAAUGCCUUUCCUUUUUGUUGCUGUGCAUGUUUGUAAGAGGUAUAGGUAAUUCAAGUGUUCUCGUAUCAUUUUAAUAAGUUCAUAAUAUAUGUAUUAAUUUUAGUCUUGUUUUAUAUGCAAAAUUAUGUCUAGAAAUAUUAUUUUUAUUAGGCACUAUAUUUCAACAAGAAUUGUACACAGUGUAGUAAGUUAUCAUAAACUGAAUUGUUUUUCUGUAUUUUACUUUGAGAGGUUGGAUUUUUUUAACAAAAGACUGAAAUAUAUUUCCUGUAAACUAUAGUUAGCUGCAAAUUUUCUUGUGAAACCAGAGUGUUUACCAGUUGUUUAAACUACUUUCAGGGUUUAUUUCACAAACGUUAUAUGUCACCAUGGGAUGGUGAACUUCAUAGCUGUUUUAUGUGUGUAUUCAUUAUGCUGUGAUUUUUUUCUCAUGCCAGUUCCUUGAGAUUAAAAUGAGGUAAAUUCCUA